AUGACGCUGGUAAUUUAUGGCCUUGGGAGCUUUGAAUUUGAUGUGAAGUCUCAAUAUCAGCUGGCUUUCUCUCUUCUUCUAAAGGAAGAUAAGAUAUUUCCGGUUGGUGACAUAGAAUUAUAUGACCCAGCACUCUCUCCAGCUGAUGUCAAAUCUUGCUUCGACUUGGGAAUAAGAGUUCUACUUGUUAACGAGCAGUGCCACAGAAGAGUUGAGAAGCCGACAAUUUUCUAUGUUCCAGGACUGAAGUUUGUGGGUAACCUAAUCGAGGCAAACCUCUCUCCUAAGCACUUAAAUAAGAUGAUUUUGGUUUCCUAUGGGUUUAAGGAUGGCGGGGAAAGGCUGACACUCAAGGAAAAAAUUCACCUUGACUUCAAAUUAGUGCUGGAAUAUAAUUCAUUCCUUGCUUUUGAUCAUGUGUCUUCCCUUCGUAUGCAAUUGGAAGAGCGAAUCUCAUGCCCAUUCAGAGAUCAGUGUGCUUUCAGGGGUGAUGUUACUCCAUUCUGGGGGCAUGUUUUUCGUCAUCGUCUGCCAGCGAUGAAACGGACGACAUGGUCCCCGCCUCCUAAGGGUUGGGUCAAGCUCAGCUUCCAUGGAAUUGGCUGUUCCAAAGGCACUCCGGCCUGCAUUGGUGGCAUACUGCACAAUGACAAAGGCGAGGUUCUCUCCUACUAUGCUGGUCCAGUAGGAGAUGUGGAUGAGAUUGUGGCCAGUGCUAGGGCACUUGAUAUGGGGCUACAAAUUAUGAUUGAUCUCCAUGAACCAGUAUUCAAGCUGAUCAUCCAGGGGGGUAAUCUUAUGGUGAUACGCUGGUGCAACAUAAUCUCAUGCCCACCUGAAAGAGCAUAUGACUUAUUUUCACGUAUCUCUUGGUGCAUGAAUUUGAGGCCAUCCGAGGCACCUGCUCCUGAUGAGCUACCUACAGAGUGCAACAAGGGUGAAGAUGAGGGUGAUGGCUCAAAGGAUGCGGACUAUGAUAAUGGUCCGAAGGAUGAUGACCAGGAGGGUGGUGGUGCAUCUUCAGAGUCUGUCAUCCCUCGUGGAUGGACUCGUAGAGAGUACAUAGCUUGGCAGGUCGAAUAG